AUGCCACCCCCCUCUCCCACCGUGAGAAUCGUCGAGGUCGGACCCCGCGAUGGACUCCAGAACGUCGCCACCCACAUCCCCACCUCCACCAAGCUCGACCUCAUCCGGCGACUGCACCACGCCGGUUUGCAGAGCAUAGAGCUAACCUCGGUGGUCUCACCCCGGAAGAUCCCCCAGUUGGCCGACUGUCGCGAUCUCCUACAGCAUUCCCUGAUUCGAAGUCUGGCGAGCGAUCCGCAUCUGCGACUGCCGGUCUUGGUCCCCAAUCUCAAGGGAUUGGAGAUUGCGCGCUCGCUGGGCGUCAAAGAGGUGGCUGUGUUCAUCAGCGCGACCGAGGGGUUCAGCCGCGCCAACAUCAACUGUACUGUCGGGCAGGGGAUCGAGCGAGCAACGGAGGUCGCAUCCCACGCCAUUGCGGCGGGUCUGGCCGUGAGAGGCUACGUAUCCUGCAUCUUCUCCGACCCCUUCGAUGGCCCGACCUCCCCGGCUGCGGUGCUCCGCUGCGUUCGAGCCCUGCUCGACGCGGGCUGCUACGAGGUCAGCCUAGGCGACACGCUAGGCGUAGGAUCGCCCGCCACGGUCCGCGGUCUGAUCCGGUACUUGACAGACGCGGAUGUCCCCGUCGACCGUCUGGCUGGACAUUUUCAUGAUACCUAUGGCCGCGGGGUCGCCAAUGUCUGGGAGGCGUAUACGUGCGGCGUGCGCGUGUUUGACAGCAGUGUCGCCGGUCUCGGGGGCUGUCCUUUCGCUCCCGGUGCCAAGGGGAAUGUCGCAACGGAAGAUGUCGCAUACAUGUUUCACAAUGCUGGCAUCGAUACGGGGAUUGAUCUUCCCAGCUUGGUGAACACGGUGGCCUGGAUCUCGAAACAGCUCGCAGACAUAGACUCCACCCAGGCUGCUAGCGAAAGCGACCAGGACCGGUCGAAUGAGCUCUUCUCAGAACAUGCAACUGGCAAAUAUGGCGCCUACGGGGUGUGA